CACGAGCGCACCGGUGUCUUUGGGCCCCAUUCGUGGGCAGUCAUUCAGCAAAUCACGGUGAGCUGUGAUUGGAAGAACGUGGUGUAAGUCUUGUUGUAGUUGUUGCUAGCUUGAAGAGAGUUGCUGGUGAUCUUGUCUGCUCUAUUCUUGAAGUGUCAGAAGUCGAUUCAUUCAAUUACUUGAUCCGUUUGAGUCAACACUGUCAGAUUUGUAAUCCGUAAAGCUGCUUCGAUAGUCACUUCACUGUGCUGUAUUGUGCAUGAACUGUAAACACUGUCGAUUCCCAUACGUGUAUAAGCCAACAUGACUACAACUGUCAAGGCAGAAAUGAACAGCGACCAACUGCAGUCCAUACUGGAGAGUAUCUUGGCCUCACAGAUGCUGACGACUCCGAGCCCGACCAACCCAGCGAAGACCGAGGCUGGGCCUACCGUGGAAUCGACACAAACCACGGCAGUCCUGGACGACGAAGAGCGGCCCGACCAUAGCUACAUGGACCUGAUAGUCAUGGCAUUGAGCAGCAUGCCGGGGAGACAGGGUCCCCUACACGAUAUCUACCGAUACAUCUCUGGCCGGUUUCCCUUCUACACCAAGAACCGCAAACACUGGAAGAACUCGGUCCGGCACAACCUGACUCUGCACAAGUGCUUCAAGAGGCUGGACACCGAGACUGACGGAUCUCCCAUACUGCUCCCGGGGGUAAAGAAGCCCAAGACCAGCCCCCUCUGGUCUCUCCUGUGGAAUCCCGACGAGUGUCCUGAGCAACACAACACUCGCAAGCGCAACCGAAACAAGAGCACUUCCAAGAAGAGGAAAGGGGGCAAGUCUGAGACAGCCGGUAAGUCAUCAACGGCGAAGGAAGCAAAGAGCACCCAACAGUCUGACCAACCUCCCCCUGCUAGCCAACCAUCCACUGACGAUCCUCUCACAAGGAUAGCGAUGAUGUUACCUGAGAUUGGAUCCAGAGAGGCAGUCCCACCGUCCUCAUCAUCAGCUCUCAACCAAGGACUUGUUCAACCACCCCAGACCCCCGAGUCAGACUACUGCAGCCUUUCUUCAGACCACAGUCCCUACAUCCCAGGACAAUCUCUCUCCGCAAAGAGCACCUGCAGCAGUGUCUUCGAGUACCCAUCAGCCCGAGUCCCCUCUCUGCCUGUCCAAGACGGUGUCAACCGUCGUUUCUCCCCGCUGCCUCUAUUGAGCGUGGAUGACAUCUGUGCGGUGCUCCAGUGCGACGACUGUCCCCCUGGAAGUCCCGACAGCGGUACCGGAGCAGACAUCCUUCACGGCUUCGGGUGGUUUGACGAACUAACUCCCGCUGAACAUCACCCACUCUGUCUGGCAGAUUCCCUGCUCGACAUCGCGCACCAGAGUCUCAACUUCCAACCCGAACCUCCAGCAGUCUCGUUCUUCGUACCCAAGGUCCCCGUGGGACGACCCUUGUCUGUGGACACUGGCUUAUUUACUUGGUGAAAUCUUGUUUCACUUUUCUGUGAAAUCUUAUUGCCAAAUUUGCACGAAUUUGCCAUUGAAUGUUAACGUAUUUUGUUGAAAUCUUCACUUGCCGAUAGUAAGACGAGAUGGAUAUUUUUGUGAACAUGAAAAAAUUACACUUCUUGCCUAGAAUACGCCAGAACUCAUUUUAAUACAAUGUUCUCCGUAUUUAUUACAAACUAAAAUCUAGCGUUAGUGGCAUAGUUACCCUUAAGAAAUGCAGUGCUCUCUUACGCAUUUUUGAAUUGUGAUAGAUAUCCAAUUAACAAAACUUACCUGUUUUGUUUCAAAUUAAGGUUGCAAAGUUUCUUUCUGAUGGUUUAAUCCAAAGUUGUAUCUUUUCUUUCAAUGUAGAUGUUAUAGGUAUCUUUUUUAAAUAUCUAAUUGUUUGGAAGUCAAAAGGGUAAAACAAAUAUGUUACUCUAACACCAGCAGCAAAAAAAACCCUGGGAAAGCUUUUUUUUUCAUAAUUGUUUGGAAUAUUCGUUGAACAUUUUCAAAUAAUUCCCGUCGAAGGCUUGCCAACAAAUGUAAAACGAAUGCGCUGACAUUGUGUUAUUCCGUGUUAAGAGACAACUCUGCUUAAUUAUCCGCUUAAAUAAUGUCAUGUGAAAGGUUUUGUGCUAUUUUUGCCGUUGUUUUUUUUUUACCAGUCGUUACAUUUCAAUUUGUAAAGUGGAACGAGAUAAUAUAAUUUUUGACGUCCAUCACAAAAUGUGAUUGUCCAGCAUU